UGCUUUCAGAAGCCUUAAGAGAUGAAGAAAGUAGUGUGAAUGUGAAUUUGAAUUUGUGUGAAUGUGAAUGAAUGUGAAAUGUGAAUUUGAAUCUCUGUAAAUUUCUAGCUACUAUGCUUUUUCAGUGCUGUUGAAUAAUGGCUAGAAGCAGCUAUCUCUGCCACCUUCUUCUCAUAUUACUCCUUUGCUCAGUUUGAAUGUGCUUGAAAUAGCUAUAUCCCAUGAAAAUAUUGCACACAUUACUAUUUCUAUAUCAUACUAGAAGUAACACCAUAUGAUUCUUCUUUCUGAGGGCUUAAUGUACUUUGAAAAUGGUGAUAAUACAUAGCCCUGUCCUAUCAAUGCAUCUCAAAUGGCCUGGAUGUCAAAUGAGUGCUAAAUGAUCAGGCAGCUGCACCAUACUACUCUCCAAAUAAGUACCACCUACCUACCUAGCCAUGCUUAGCAUGGUAUACCCUUGUGGACAGAGUGUUCCCACAUGGACAGUAGAGAAGUUUAAGGUUUGAUCCUGGCUGCCAGCAUGAGAUUUUGCAGUUUCCAGCCAUGAUCAGUGUGAGGGGUUAUUAUGCAAGUAAAUUCACAUACUUGCAUUGUCAACUCACUAUAUGAGCUGAAAAACAAGCACACCUGUCAGAAAAAACUAAAUAUGCAUAUGCCUGUGAUUAGUAUCCCACCAUGCAAGAAAAACUCAGAAUGCCAAGGUAAAUUUCACUUGGCCAGCAAUGGAAUUUCUGCAAGCAAUGUUUAUGGUGUGUGCACCUCCUGAUAAAUUGAGCAUCUUCUGGCUAUAUUUUAGGUGUUUUUAUAUGUGCAACAAGCUAUUUGUAUAUUACAGGGCUCCAAAUGAGGGAGAAUAUCAAUAUGACUCAUGACAUAACCUGAUUUUACAACAUAGCAUCCAACAUUUACUCAUACCACUCACUACAAUCAACUAGCGAAUACCAAAUAACAGAAGCAUGAAAUGUUGACAUUUCACUGCUAGAAUACAUUCUGUUUCUGGAUCCUAUCAAAGAUAAAAGCUGCUUGGAGAUGUUGGAGGAACCUGCUAAUGAAGAUACUGAUAAUAUGAAGGACGUCCCAUUGAAGGCGGACCGUUCUGACAAUGCAGGCGGCGUGGAGAGUCAGCUGCACGUGGACAUAUCGGACGCCCUCAGCGAGCGAGACAAGGUCAAGUUCACCGUGCACACUAAGACUUCGCUGUCGUCGUUCGCCAAGCCGGAGUUCUCGGUGGUACGCCAACACGAGGAGUUCAUCUGGCUGCAUAGCGCGCUGGAGGAGAGCGCCGACUACUCGGGGUUCAUCAUACCGCCGGCACCGCCGCGGCCCGACUUCGACGCCUCCCGCGAGAAACUGCAGAAGCUGGGCGAGGGCGAGGGCAACAUGACCAAGGAGGAGUUCAACAAGAUGAAGCAGGAGUUGGAACAGGAGUACCUGGCCACCUUCAAGAAGACGGUGGCCAUGCACGAGACGUUUCUGACCCGCCUGGCUUCACACCCCGUGUUCCGGGAGGACCACAACUUCAAGGUCUUCUUAGAAUACGACCAGGACCUAUCUGUGCGAGGCAAGAACCGUAAGGAACGUUUGGAGGGCCUGGUCAAGUCAUUCGCUAAGACGACCGACGAGCUUCUACUGCAGGCUACGCAGCGCGACGUGGACGAGUUCUUCGACCACGAGAAGAGUUUCGUCAUCGUCUACCACGAGCACAUCAAGGAGGCCACGCACCGCGCUGACCGCGUGACACGCGCACGCAAAAAUGUGGCUGACUCGUACAUCAAGGUGUCGGGCGGGCUGACGCAGCUGGGCACAGUGGAGUCCAACCAGCUCGACCGCUUCCUGCACGGCGUCGCCGAGCUCUUCGAGAGGGUCCGG